UUGACUGAAUCACUUCAGUUUUCACUUCGAGAUCACUUUCUUGUAGCGAUAACCGCAAUUGUCAUUGGUGAUGUAUGUGAUUGCGGUGUAGAUGCUGAAUGUUUCAUAAUUGAGGUUGGUAUAAUCAGUCACGAAAUUCUUCAUUCACUUGGAAUCUGGCAUGAGCAAUCUCGUUCAGAUCGUGAUGAAUAUAUCAAUGUCAACUACGACAACCUGUUUCCUGGAAUGGAAGGGAAUUUCGAAAAGCGAACCGAGGUGGUGACAAGUAACUUGGAACAGCCCUAUGAUCUGGGCUCUGUGAUGCAUUACAGCUCCACGGCAUUUGCAAGGGAUCAAUCAACGGCCACAAUAACAACUCGAGACGGUAAUUAUCAGCAUACGAUCGGUCAACGCAAAACUUUAUCGUUCAAGGAUGCUAAAAUAAUCAAUUUACAGUACUGCAUGGGAGUGUGCACUCGUCAACUUCCAUGUCAAAAUUCUGGAUAUACAGAUCCGAGAGAGUGUUCCGAGUGCAGGUGUCCCGAAGGAUACGGGGGAACCUUUUGUGAAAAGGUGGCAGAAAGCACUAUUCCGGAUUGCGGUGGUGAACUGAAUGCGACAUCCACUUAUCAAACACUGCAAAUGGAG